GAGGGGAGCCCCCGCCCCCCUUCGCAGAAGCCUGCGGCUGCGGUUGCAGGAAGAACUGGAACUGGGCUGGCCGAAGUGGGAAGCGGCGCGUUAAAUCCGCCCCCUCUCCAUACCCUACUUUCAAGGGGUGGGUGGUAGAGGGGAGGUUGGGGUUGGAGCAGCGGCGAGGGGGCCCCUCCCUUGCACCUCCCCCCACCGGACUUGGUCGCGCCCGAAGUGUAACACUUUCUCUUUGUCGGAGGAGCUCCUCUGUUUCCUGUGCAGUAGCUCCCGUUGCGGCGGCACCCGUGGCAGCCCUGGCGGACGCAGGAGCGAUGGCAGCGACCGAUAUAGCUCGCCAGGUGGGUGAAGGUUGCCGAACUGUCCCCCUGGCUGGACAUGUGGGGUUUGACAGCUUGCCUGACCAGCUGGUGAAUAAGUCCGUCAGCCAGGGCUUCUGCUUCAACAUCCUGUGCGUGGGAGAGACAGGUUUGGGCAAGUCCACCCUCAUGGACACCCUGUUCAACACCAAGUUCGAAGGGGAGCCAGCCACCCACACACAGCCGGGCGUCCAGCUCCAGUCUAAUACCUAUGACCUCCAAGAGAGCAACGUGAGGCUAAAGCUCACGAUCGUUAGCACAGUUGGCUUUGGGGACCAGAUCAACAAAGAGGACAGCUACAAGCCCAUCGUGGAAUUCAUUGACGCACAAUUCGAGGCCUACCUGCAGGAAGAGCUGAAGAUCCGAAGAGUGCUGCACACCUACCAUGACUCCCGGAUCCAUGUCUGCUUGUAUUUCAUUGCCCCCACGGGUCAUUCCCUGAAGUCUCUGGACCUAGUGACUAUGAAGAAGCUGGACAGUAAGGUGAACAUCAUCCCCAUCAUUGCCAAAGCAGAUGCCAUUUCGAAGAGUGAGCUAACGAAGUUCAAAAUCAAAAUCACCAGCGAGCUUGUCAGCAACGGAGUCCAGAUCUAUCAGUUUCCUACAGAUGAUGAGUCAGUAGCAGAGAUCAAUGGAACCAUGAAUGCCCACCUGCCGUUUGCUGUCAUCGGCAGCACAGAAGAACUGAAGAUAGGCAACAAGAUGAUGAGGGCGCGGCAGUAUCCUUGGGGCACUGUGCAGGUUGAAAACGAGGCCCACUGCGACUUUGUGAAGCUGCGGGAGAUGCUGAUUCGGGUCAACAUGGAGGAUCUGCGGGAGCAGACCCACACCCGGCACUAUGAGCUGUAUCGCCGCUGUAAGCUGGAGGAGAUGGGCUUCAAGGACACCGACCCUGACAGCAAACCCUUCAGUUUACAGGAGACGUAUGAGGCCAAAAGAAACGAGUUCCUAGGGGAACUCCAGAAAAAAGAAGAGGAGAUGAGACAGAUGUUCGUCCAGAGAGUCAAAGAGAAAGAAGCAGAGCUCAAAGAGGCAGAGAAAGAGCUGCACGAGAAGUUUGACCGUCUGAAGAAACUGCACCAGGACGAGAAGAAGAAACUGGAGGAUAAGAAGAAAUCCCUGGAUGAUGAAGUGAAUGCUUUCAAGCAAAGAAAGACAGCAGCCGAGCUGCUCCAGUCCCAGGGCUCCCAGGCUGGAGGCUCACAGACUCUGAAGAGAGACAAAGAGAAGAAAAAUUAACUCUGCUGUUUGCUGCAUGCUGCAUGAGACCCAGGGUCCUGCUUUUUUUAAUCUUGUCUUCAGCAGCUGCACUAAGUCUAAAGGAGAAGACUGCCAUUAUAGAAGAGUUAGGGUUCCAUAUUGUCUCAAAUCAGAAAUCAACCAAUUCCCUCUCCCCUCAAACUGCAAGCACACGCACAUACGCCACACCACCCAACAAGUGUUCAUGUGUCCCUGUGUCCAGGCAAGAAGCUCUCUUCCCGACUCACAUGGUAUUUUAAAUGGAAGUGUCUUGUCCUAACUAACAAGGCAGGAAAAGAACCAUCAGAGCUGGAAAAUGGACCAAAUGUAACCUCAGAGAAACAACUACAGGACCACUCACCCAAGUGUAAGUGACUGGGGCAGGACACUUCAGCUGUGGGUGUGGAAGUACUGUUCUGUUCACAAGGUUUUGUUUGCGUUUUGUGUUUUUCUUUUAAACAUUUCUCUGGUUCGAUGGGUUGACUGUCUACGGCCACUGUUAAAACAUUUCUGAAUAUGGAAGAGAAAGUCAAGUGACAUUUUUAUCUUCUUCAGCAUUCACAGACCUUCUAUAGAUUCCAGCAAAGGGGAAAAAUGUGUCCACUGUCUAACACUCAGGUGGAGAAGGGAGAGAAGGGAGAGAAGAGAGGGGGUUUAAGCUUAGUGAGGGCAAAAUUACUCCAUUCCACCUUCUGAGACCAGUUGGGGUUUUGAGAGAGGUUUCUGCUCAACCUGGGAUCUGGAGGGAGAGCUUUGAUGUUGGUCAAUCUGCCUUGAAUUCAUUGGUUUAACUUGCAUCAAAAUACCAUGUGAGUGUGCUCAUUCUCAUAGAUCCCUACCAUCAUCACCACCAUUCUGCUGUUCAGUGUCUCUUGAGAGAGCCUCUUUGCAUGUUUUCCAGAAUCUGUGUGUGUUUUUCCUUUCUUCUCCUUUGUUCUUUUUGCUCAAAGGUGUGACCAGUCACUGCCCCUCUGGGGCUUUCAUUCUCCAGGAGAAACAUCCCAGAACCAGCACUGUUUAGCUUACUACCUUUCUAAUGUCCAUGUCAAUUUUCAAUAAAAAGAAAUGCU